AGAUGAAUCUUAGAACUCGUGUUAUUAACCCAACUGAAAUGGAGGUAGAAUCUACUCCUAAACAAAAACCAACUAAAAGGACGCGAAAUCCUUCUAGAAUUGAUAAUCUUGCACCAUAUAAUAUAGCUAACGAUAUUCUAUCGAAACAAUCUUCUGCGACUUUAGGACAAUAG